GGGCGGCGCGCGGAGCUGCGCGAGGCGGCGGUACAAAGAGCGGCCUGGGGGGCUGCGGGGGGCUGCCGGCUGCGCGCUGCGAUGUGGAACUUCCCGGGGAGAGCGGUGUGACUGAGCGCUGUUCGACCGCAGUCCUCGAGCUGUGGGCUGGCUGUCCGCGUGUCUGCAAACAGAGCUGCUUAUGGAGGCCCGGCGCCUCCGGAGUUUUGUUCUGGGGCGAGGGCAUCGGGCUGUUCUGUUCCACGUGAGAAAAAAGCUGAAGUUACCGUGUUUAGUGCUCCUGAGGUGAUGGCCUGCAUUCCUAAUUAAAGCACCCAAAGCUGGCAGGCGCUGGAGACGGUUAAGAACAGGUCCAAGAAGAGCUCUAAAAAGGGAAAUAGCAACAGCAGCAGCAGCAAAUUGCCUCCAGUUUGCUAUGAAAUCAUUACCCUGAAGACCAAAAAGAAGAAGAAGAUGGCUGCUGAUAUUUUUCCCCGAAAGAAACCAGCCAACACUAAUACAACUGCUGUCCAGCAGUACCACCAGCAAAAUCUCAAUAACAACAACACCAUUCCAGCACCAAACUGGCAAGGACUUUAUCCGACCAUCAGAGAGAGAAAUGCAGUGAUGUUCAACAAUGACUUGAUGGCAGAUGUUCAUUUUGUGGUCGGGCCACCAGGUGGGACCCAACGGCUGCCGGGACAUAAAUAUGUCCUGGCCGUUGGGAGCUCAGUAUUCCAUGCAAUGUUCUAUGGAGAACUUGCUGAGGACAAAGAUGAAAUCCGUAUACCAGAUGUGGAGCCUGCUGCUUUUCUCGCAAUGCUGAAAUACAUAUAUUGUGAUGAAAUUGAUUUGGCUGCAGAUACUGUCCUGGCCACUCUUUAUGCUGCCAAGAAGUACAUCGUCCCUCAUCUCGCCCGUGCCUGCGUCAACUUCCUAGAAACAAGUCUAAGUGCAAAGAAUGCCUGCGUGCUGCUUUCCCAGAGCUGCUUAUUCGAGGAACCUGACCUGACCCAGCGUUGUUGGGAAGUGAUUGAUGCCCAAGCCGAGCUGGCUUUGAAGUCCGAGGGCUUCUGUGACAUUGAUUUUCAGACACUUGAAAGCAUUCUCCGACGGGAGACUCUGAAUGCCAAAGAAAUCGUUGUUUUUGAAGCAGCUCUGAAUUGGGCCGAAGUGGAGUGUCAGCGACAGGAGCUAACUGCCACCAUAGAGAAUAAGCGCAAAGUCCUGGGAAAGGCGCUGUACUUGAUACGCAUCCCUACCAUGGCACUCGAUGAUUUUGCAAAUGGCGCUGCUCAGUCUGGGAUUCUGACUCUCAACGAAACCAAUGAUAUCUUCCUUUGGUAUACAGCUGCCAAAAAGCCAGAGUUACAGUUUGUAAGCAAGCCCCGGAAAGGCCUUGUUCCUCAGCGGUGCCAUCGUUUCCAAUCCUGUGCUUACCGCAGCAACCAGUGGCGCUACAGGGGCCGGUGUGACAGCAUCCAGUUUGCUGUUGAUAAGAGGGUGUUUAUAGCUGGCUUUGGGCUAUACGGCUCCAGCUGCGGAUCGGCAGAAUACAGUGCCAAGAUUGAACUCAAACGACAAGGAGUUAUCCUAGGCCAGAACUUGAGCAAAUAUUUCUCAGAUGGUUCUAGUAACACUUUCCCUGUGUGGUUUGAAUAUCCAGUACAGAUUGAGCCUGACACCUUUUACACAGCUAGUGUGAUUUUGGAUGGUAAUGAACUCAGCUAUUUUGGACAAGAAGGAAUGACAGAAGUUCAGUGUGGGAAAGUGACUGUUCAGUUUCAGUGCUCUUCGGACAGUACAAAUGGCACUGGGGUACAGGGAGGGCAAAUUCCUGAACUCAUAUUUUAUGCUUGAAUGUGUGGAGUGAAAGCAUUUUUUCCUAUGAAAAACCUGUCUAGUUCAGACCUCCUGACGCUUAGCUCUUUAUCUGCAGAUAUGUGAUCAGUGCAAGUUAUUUGUCACAAACGCUACGGGCGAGUUACUGGCUUGCUAUGCUUGUAGCAUCAUUGGUGAUGAAGUUUAAGUGUAAUAUUUAACUUUAAAUUGGAAGCUCUUAUGAAUAAGCAAGUUUUGAAUGCUUAGUAAGAGAGUUACCCAAUACCUGGCGAUGCUGACCCUUGCUUUGAUGCACCUGAAUCACCAGAGGAUGCCCUCUUAUCUCGUGGGCUCUAGAACUCUUUCCACUAAAUGCUGUCAUCUUUGAUCAGUUUUCUCUUUCUCUGUUUCCCGCUCUUUGCUUAUAACUAUUUGGGGAGAUGAGUAGAAAACAAGGAGCCUUGUUUUAUAGCUCUCUUCUGUGUACUCUUCAAACUGAAGAGAUUCCAAUCAGCUGCGCUGAUUUUGAUCAUGGAGGCUAACAGAAGUGCUUCAGUUCUAAACAGAAAAAGUAUAGGUUUAUACCAUCAUCCUGAGAGAGAGAUUCUUCUGUAGCCAGCUGUUUGAGGAAGCUACACAGUGUGCUGCCCAGAAUGCACGGACAUGUUUACAGUGAAUAAGGGUUUGGGCUUGACGUGUGACCAUAAGAGUUCAUAUUCCAGGAAUCCCACCUUGAAGGCAAGAAAGUACUUGCACAUGUUCAAAUUAUGUACACGAGCUGAAACCUCUAUUCUUUCAACCUAAUUUUGCUACAUUGAAGUUGAUUUACUAUUUAAAUUGCUUUUUGAAUCCUUGCUAAAUAGACAGGAGUUAAUAUCUAGCAUUUGAUGUAGGACAGUUUUUAUAUUUUCCUUAUUUUCUUCCUAAACAUUUAGAAGCAUGUGGUAGAGAAACAAAAGAAUGUACUGGUCCCAACUUAGACUUUUUUUUUUUUUUAAAUACUGUAAGAAUUUUGAAAGAGACGAGAUUCCCAAAUGUGGUCAUGUUACAGUUAGUGUAUAUCAUUAGAUAAAAGUAAGGAGGAUCUCUUACAGCUGCUUAUGUGGAACCUUCACUUUAUCUGAGUCCUCUCUCAAGCUUCCUGUCAUAUGUCUGUCAUCUCUGGAAAAGUAUUAGGAUUCACAGCUCUUUUUGAGAAGGAAGUAAGUAUAAAUAACAGAUGUAGGUACUAUUUAAAUACAAGGAAAUCUUUCACCCUUGCAUUGUGACACUUGUACUACAGUAGGUCCCUCUGAGAUACAACUCAUUUAAUCUCUGAAGUGGGUUCUUGUGUGUGUGUGUGUGUGUGUGUGUGUGUGUUAAUAAAAUUAGAGGACCAAAUAAUUAUUAAGGCAGUCUGAAGAUUAAUAUAUUGACACAUUAAUGUAGCACAACCCUAAAUUGACUUGUCAGUUUUGCGAUGAAAAUCUUUUUCCCAGAAGAUUUCUUAUCAGUUUGACACAAUUACUCUUAUGAGUUUCUUGACAGAUGAAACCCUGGCCUCUGGCCAUUGUUAAGUGCCAACACUUCUUUGCAGUGUCCAGAAUAUCAUCUGAGAUGAGGAAAAACUGGAGUGUAGAUAACAAACGCUUUAUGGCCAAAGCUCAGUUCUUUCCUCUAGGUAACAAAGGAGAGUCAAGUGAAAAAUUACCCUACAAGAUCUAUGCCUUUCACCCAUCUUACUGUUUAGUGUUUAUAUAUAUAUACAUGCGUGUGUGUGUGUGUAUGCAACAUUCCUUCUGAAAUGUAAAUACCCUCAAAAUAUGGUGAUUUUUUUCUUUUAACAGAUGUACAUAAUCCAGACUGUUACUGAAAUUUAAACAGAGUGGUCCAUGGAAAACUCACAGAGAUUUUAAAACAGCCGCCAGUUAAAUAUAUUUAGAUGUGCAGCCUAAAAUAAACAAGAAUGUGUGGACUGGAGAAAGAGUUGCUUAAGAGACUGCAAAAAGGAAUCUAAGAUUGUUGUGAGGUAAUGUUCAUCUACCUGGAGAGAAUGUUUUGAGCAGCAAUUCCAUUUAUGUAAAUAGACUUGGAAGCAGAGCAAGAUGCUAAUCAGCCUGCUAAAUUUUCAUACAGCAAGUGGUUGACACAGAUGUAAUAAUUCGGAGUGAAUGUCAGAUUGACAAGCUGCUUGCAGUAGCAAGCUGCAUUCUGAGUUUAGGGAAAAAAAAAAUGAGGUGCCUCAGCUGUUGGGACAAAUCAGUACUGCACUGCUAUAACUAAACUCUGGUUCUCACUUUUAAUUUUGUUGGGUUUUUUGCUUGUCUGCAAAUACAGGUAAGCUAUCUGCUACGUUGGCUGGAAUAGAUGGUAGGAGAUUGGAAUACUAUAUAGCUGUAUAAAAUUAGCUAUUAUUUAAUUAUUUUUAUUUGCUGGUUUUAUUAAAUUGUUUUGACGAAGCAGGAUGAAAGCUACCUCUGGCUUAAUUCCUCUGAGUCCCUUCCAGGUUCUAGGAGCUGCUGCAUGUAAAGUUGUUUUUUAAUAUGGAUCAAUAAACAUAAGCACUCCGAAACAGCUUUUGAGCUUGAUUGUGAGUCCUGCUUGAUGCUGACAGAUGCUGCUGUAUUGAGAAGGUGGCUAGUUGUAGUCCCCUUGGACAUCCAGGCACUUAAGUAGGUGUCCACAUGUAGAUUUGGUCAGUUUAGCAGUAGUAUCUAAGCUUGAACACGUGGAUGUUCUGCAAGCAUCGGCUGUAUCAACCUGGAAUGUAAGCAUAAUGUCAGUAGAGAGAACUUCUGGUAGAUUGUCUUAAACUGUACCUGGCCACCUUUGCUAUUUGUAUGUUUGAUUUUCCCGGUUAGGGGAAUCUGUGAUAGAGAGUAUAAUGUAAUAUACUUUCUGCAUAUCUAAAGUAGUAUUUAAGUAAACGCUUUAAUUUCUACAUGCUUACUGCACUGAACUGUUUUAUUUGUUGUUUGUUUUGGUUUGUUUUUUUUAAUGUAAUUAAAUGCAGCUAACUUCAGGUAACAGCACUCGUUUGUGCUGGAGCAGUGUUUGAUGUUGGCAGGCUUACGGCAUUAUUUAUAAAGGACAGAUAUAUAAAUAUGAAGUACCUCAUGUUGAAUGUUAUUGUACUGUAUCUUCAAUGUCACAGUGCAGAUCUUGUUGGACUCAUGAAUGUGUAUAAUCGCAUUAAACCUACGAAUAAAAAUGGUUCUUAAA